ACGUGGCUUUAUACACCAAUCAAAAAAAGGAAUUCUUGUUAGCGCAUGCGAAAGAUACCGCCGCCAUCUUUGUGUUUCAAUGGGCAAUGGAUGCGGGAGGACAGGGUAAUUUGGACCACCAAGCAGCAUUUGCAGACGCCGUUGCCCGAGCAAGACAGAUAGCAGCUAAGAUUAAUCAACCAGGGGCUGGCGGUGGUGACGGUGCCCAGCCUUUAAAACGACCUUUUGAAAGUGACGGAAACUCAUACGGUGAACCAGACCAAAAGAAGACAGUGUCUGCAAUUAAUGACCCUAUUGGGGCACAGUUAAAAGCUCUCCAAGACCAGCAAAGUAGAAGCGAAGCCGCUCAGGCAGCACAGGCGGCAGCAGCCCGAAUUAAUCAACAGUUAGGAGUCGGCCCUCCCUCAUCAGCUCCUCCACCAGCAGCUCCUAAACCUAGCUCACACACAGGAUUAGGCAUGGUUGUUACCGAAGAAUACUCCAUCCCUGACAAGAUGGUUGGACUCAUAAUUGGUAAAGGAGGUGAACAAAUUACUCGACUACAAGCUGAGACUGGUUGUAAAAUUCAGAUUGCUCCAGAUGGUGAUGACGACUAUGGUAGUGGACUGCCCGAUCGUCAGUGCACUCUGACUGGGUCCUCCGGAUCUAUUGCUGCUUGCAAGCAGCAGAUACAGGACAUCAUUAUGAGAGCUGGACAGACUUCAGGGCCCAUGAUGGGUGGUAUGGAUGGCAUGGGAAUGGGUAUGGGCAUGGGUAUGGGUAAUGGUGGAGGAGGAGGAGGAGAAAGAGGAGGCGGAGGACAAACAGUUGUGGAGAUGAUGGUGCCAGGCAACAAAGUUGGACUGGUUAUUGGAAAGGGUGGAGAAACUAUCAAACAGCUACAGGAAAGAGCAGGGGUUAAAAUGGUAAUGAUCCAAGAUAGCAAUGUCCCAACAGCUGUUGAAAAACCUCUUAGGAUCUCUGGUGAUCCCCAGAAGUGUCAAAGAGCCAAAGAAAUGGUACUUGACCUCCUGGCAGAGAAGGAGAUGGAGAACAUGAAUAAAGGAUUCAACGACUAUGGAUCUUUCAGUGGUGGAGGUGGUGGUCCCCCUAUGGAGAUUCCUGUACCAAGAACUGCUGUUGGAAUUGUUAUUGGCAAGAAUGGAGACAUGAUCAAAAAGAUUCAACAAGAGAGUGGAGCCAAAGUUCAGUUUAAAACUGAUGAUGGAAGCAGCCCAGAUCGAGUGUGUGCCAUCACGGGGGCACCUGACAAAGUUCAGAUUGCUGCUCAGAUGAUUCAGGAAUUGUUAAAUGAUUAUAAUCAGCGAGAAGGAGGGAUGGGACGUGGGUUUGGAGGAGGAAGAGGGCGUGGUGGCCCAGGAAGGGGUCGGGGUGGAUUUGGAGGGGGGCCAGGAAGAGGCAUGGGCCGAGGGGAUGGAUUCGGUGGAGGAUUUCAGGAUGAAACUCAGUUUGCUGUCCCUGCAGACAAAUGUGGAUUGGUUAUCGGAAAAGGUGGUGAAACCAUUCGUCAGAUAAACCAACAAUCUGGGGCACAUGUUGAAUUGCAGAAGCAUCCAGGUCCUAACCCCAAUGAGAAAUUAUUUAAUAUCAGAGGAACACCUGAUCAGAUUCAACAUGCCAUGCAGAUGAUCAGUGAGAAAGCAGGAAUACCCUAUGGUGGUCCCGGUGGUCCCGGAAUGGGAGGGCCUGGUGGUCCUGGCCCUCAUGGAGGACCAGUACCAGGGGGUCCAGGGUAUGGAGACCAGUUCGGAGGACAAUAUGGUGCACCUGGUCAACAACAAGGGGCGGGGCAGUAUGGAAAUGGUCCCCAGGGAGGCUGGGGAGGAUACAAUCAGCAGCAAGGAUACCCUCAGCAACAGUCCGGUGACCCCAGUCAGGGUGGUUCAGACAACAAGCAGGCUCAGGACAAUGCUGCUGCAUGGGCAGCAUACUACGCCCAGUAUUAUGCUCAGUAUGGAGGUUACGGAGGACAGUAUGGUCAGCAGCAGGGACAGCAACAAACUCAGCAACCUGCUCAACAGUCUCAAGCUCCUCAGCAACAGCAACCUUCAUCACAACAGAAUUAUGCAGAGCCUAGUAUUAACCCUUCUACUGGUCAAGCAGACUACAGUGCAGCUUGGGCCGAGUACUACAGACAACAAGGAAUGCAUUAUCAGGCCAACAUGAUCCUUCAGCAGGCUGCAACAGGACAGACAAGCGGAGCUCCACCGGGACAACAGCCCCAGUAAACUAAUGGCCAGGACCCUGGAGACUUUUGUGAUUUGGAUUCAAGAAUAUAUGUCGUACUUCAUAGCUCAGUGAGGAUUUCAUUUUGUAUAUACCAUGUUGCACAAAUCGGCACUUCUACUACCCAUCUCAAUUUCUCUCUUAUUUCAUAGUAUUAUUAAUUAGGUAAAUCCUGUAUAUUAAACUGUAUUUGUUUGAAUUUGACUUGCCAAGGCAUUGGGCCAAAAUUGCAUUUUACAGUGAGUUCUGUAAUGUUCAUGAUACAUGUUUCUUUGUCUAUACCAAUAUGAAAGUUGCAAUGAUAGGUUUAAUAAUACUUGUAGUUCUUGUAAUACAUUCCAUUAUUUUUUUCAAAUGUAAGAUAUUUUGUUUCAAAUUGAAGCAUUAUAAUGAGAUAUUUGCAUGGAUAUGCCAUAAUAUUGCUAUUAAUUGUGAAAGAAAUGUUAUUUAAAUAUUAUGAUGUUUAAUGCUAAUAUGUGCUGCAAUCAAAAAUAUUUUUAAAAUGAUACGCUGAGUGGAAGACACACUUGUUGGGAUAUCUGAAGAAGGCGAGAGUAAAAAGUUCUAAAGGCAGCAAGAGCCACACAGAUGCCCGGGAUUUGCUUUUAUUAUAUCAUGAUGUUGAAUGUCUUAUUCAAAUGUUUUAACAUGUGUAUUAAACUAAAAAUAAAGAUUGAAUAUGUCUUAGUCAAUAUUUUAGUGCCACAUAUUGAAUGAUUACAUUGUAAAGUUGUUCAUUUCAUUUGUAUGGUGAGUCUUCAAGUCUUAACCCAGUGAAACUUAUUUUAUAUGAAAAUGUCAUUUUUUUCCUAUUUUUUUUCCUUCGUAUCCCCAUGUCUUUGUGAUAAUGUAAUUCAGGAUUUUUAAUAAUGUAUAGUUAAGGUAUAUUUGAAUGAUAUCAAAAUUGUGAUUUAAUAUGGUACCAUAGUUAUUGAUAACAUGCAUUGACCUCGUGUAUUGAAAAUGUUCUAUGUGAUACUCUUGUGCUAUAAAGACUUUUGAUAAGUAUUGCCCAUGUUGAUUAAUGAUGUACAUGCUAUGAAGAAAUGUUUUUGAACUUGUUGCCCAAUAUGUCAUGCCUUAAAUUCCUUCACAGAGUAGUAGAAUUGGUGCAUUUGUUAUACAUGAUGUUUUUUAUAUCAUCCAUACAAUCUCACGCCACAACUGCAUUCUCUUGUUGUAUUACCAUGGUAUUUUAGCUUUGUUGUCAAUGGAAACUUGCAUCAUAAUAUUUGUGUCACAUGCCCAACACAUUAGAAGUGUGUCUUUUGUAUUAAUCACACAAUGGUAGGAAGUUGUAAAUAAUAGCUUGAUUUUGUUUAUUAUAGCACUUGUAUAAAGGGUUCAUAAUUGCAGGUAUAUUUUCAUCUUAUAACAGCCAUGUGUUACAAUUUGAUUUUAGUGGUUCAUAAAUGUUCGUCCUUCAAUACCUCUAACCAUGUGUUUAUUGUUCAUACAUAAUUACUGCUAUAAUGUAAAGGACUUGAAAUUCAUCAUUGUUAUGAAAACAUUUUUAAUAUGAUUUAAUGUUGUGUUAUAAUGUAUAAGGAUUAUUUUUUUUCACAAGAUAUGUCCACAUAUGAUGAUAAAUUGUUGGUUUAUUUUUUAAAUGCAAUGAUAUGAGUAUUUUAGAAUUGUAAUUUUGACUCUAUUCACCCUAUGGUACUUUUUUAAAUAGGCUUUUGUUGAACUUUGGUGUCUUGUUUAACAUACUGUUUUUUGUGUCAGAUUAUAUCUUGUAAUGUGCUGUGACUUAGAACCCUGUAAGGGAAAUUAUCCAUGUGUCCUCUGGCCAUAGAAGGAUCUCUACGGCAAGGUAAGGUCCAAUAAAAGGUGUUUUACAAGCAA